GAUGAGGUUGUUGGAGUGAGCGGCAAGGCCAUCGUCAGACUGGAGGACCUGAUUGACUGGGUCUGCACUGACGUCAGGUGGAGCCGCGGCUGCCGGACGAUAUGCGAGAAAGACCUCAAGAAGCAGGACAGCCACAUCAAUGCCGGCCACCAACAGGUGGCGCUGUUUGCCCAGAACAGCGGGCUCAACGUCAGCGAUAUCAACAAAGAGAAGCAGAUCAUGGGUUAUGACGACGACGGUCGCGACAAGGUCAUCAUUCUGAACUACCCCCAAUACUGCCGCUACUGCGGAGCCCUGAAGCGCAUUGAGCAUGCGCAGGAGGAGUGGAUCUCCCACAUCCUGGUCCGGACCCUCGGAGCGUUCACGGUGCCGCACCGCAACACCCGCGUCAUGUUCUGCAAAGACGAGUUUGACCACCCGACGUUGGGGUUCAACGAGAAACUGUGUGAUCACUUAGCGCCAAACAUGAAAGGCAGACCAAGAAAGAAGAAACUCAGUAUCCGUAGCAACAGCAACGAAGAUGUGUUUGGUGACUCAAGCAAUGACGCAACUGAGCAUGCUGAGGUAGGGUGA